CGGUCUGCGGGGCUUCGCACACGUGAAAUUUUCUGCAGUACGCUCGUUUUCUGCUCAGGGCCAUUAAACUUUGCGCGUAGUUUAUUCGCGGGAAGGGCAGGUGGCACAGACCCCGCCAGCUGCUGUGUUACUCCGUGCCCCCCUGACCGGCCUAGAAAUCGUCUCCCUCCUCAACAAUACUUGAUAGAAUGGCCUAAUUUUUUUCAGAAAUACAAGGCCUCGUUGUAGUUUACCAGAUGUUCUGCAAUUCCUUUGAGCAGUAGCAUGAGCAAUUUCUACUACAUCAUGAGGAAAACUGCGUUGUUAAGCGCAUCCUUCCACAUACCUACGUGCAGCACCCAUCUGCUUGUGUUCUCAAGUUAUUUACACUCGUAGAAACUCAGACUGAAGAAAGGGUAACUUUAAUUCUACCUUGUUGAUCAUUAAGUUCAAGCACAGGUUUUAAUGCGUUUUUCUGACCUACUUUUUUUUUUCUUUUAAAUCCAUCAACAAGAUCAAAAUGGCUCAACUUAGCACUCGAUCUUGAUUUCUUUCUUUAAUAGUUUAUAAGGGGAAAGUGUGAUUUUACAUCCAUUCUUAGAUUUUUACAGCUCAAGACACUCCCUGACAGUAUCUUUGCACAUCAUGGGCUGCAAGCAGGUACCUGCCAUGCUGCAGCCCCUCAGUGUCGUCAUUUGCAUUCUCUCAAGUUCCAGAUGUGCUCAGAGGCCUGUGUUGCAGCUGGAAUUUUUGUGCAUAGCUCUGUGGCUCCACUUUCAGGCAUAAAAUCACACAUCUAAUUACGCAAGCCAAAAAAUGUGGUUUUCUGCUCUUUCACUGCCAUCAGAAUGAGGCUUUGUACCUGGUCUCAUUUCCUCUGUGUGGCUUUUUCUCCUGAUUAUUGACUGCUAAUGAUUGCUCUCUAUGUAAAAAAUACCUGAAACUCCCAGAAGCUUUGAUUAUCCCUGCAAAACAUGAACAGAAUUAGGAGCAGUGGGAUGAGUGACUUCAUGGAAUAUUUUUCUGUUACAAAUGUUUGAAAAGAAAAGAAAAAAUCAGACGUGGCCCAUAGCAACAGCAGAUGAGGGCAAAAACAAUUCUGAAGCCUGUCUUCAGUGCCAUCAUGUUUUAAAAAAUGGCUGAAGAUGGCAAUGAGGAGAUUAUAUUUAUUUGGUGUGAGGACUGUGGGCAGUACCAUGAUUCAGAGUGUCCUGAGCUGGGCCCAGUGGUGACAGUCAAAGACUCCUUUGUAUUGAGCAGGGCAAGAUCAUCUCUGCCUUCUAAUUUGGAGAUAAGACAGCUGGAGGAUGGGACUGAGGGAGUGUUUGCUCUGACUCAGCUGGUGAAACGUACCCAGUUUGGCCCCUUUGAAUCCAAGAGAGUUCUCAAGCUGGAGGAAGAAUCAGUUUUUCCCCUGAAGGUGUUCCAGAAGGAAGGGCCCCUGGUGUAUUUUGACACCACAAACGAAGAUGAUUGCAACUGGAUGAUGAUGGUGCGUCCAGCCACCGAGUAUGAGCAUCAAAACUUAACUGCCUUCCAGCAUGACAAUGACAUUUACUUCACCACCUGCCAGGACAUCCCCCCGGGAACUGAGCUGCGAGUGUGGUAUGCAGCUUUUUACGCCAAAAAAAUGGAAAAGCCAGUGCUGAAGCAGGUCACUAGUGUUGCCAAUGAUACCUCCUUGGUGGCAAUGGAAUCUGAUAAAGAGGGGAAUAAUAAGGUCUCUUCAAAACCUUCAUCUGCUGUCUUACCCCAUAAAAAAAACAAGAAAUCCAGCAUACUAGCAGCUGAUCCAGCAGUGAACACUCCAGAAGGCAGUGGAACAGCAGAAGCAAAACCCAGCCAGUGGACCUGUAAAGUGUGUUCAUCUGCUUUCCAAGAGCCCCAGCUGCUGACAGAGCACUUGCUGAGUCACCUGGAACAAGCCAAAGGUGCCCCCCCAAGCAGCCAAAAUGAUGCUGAGAAAGGAGAGAAAGCAGCAGAGGCUGUGCCAGCAGAUCAACCAGUGGCAAGUGAUGCAGCCAGUGCCAGCACAGACUCAAGGAGAAAGGCCAGGAGGGGAAGGAAAGCCAAAACAGCAAAAGUAGAAACACCUCUUGUCAUUGAUGAAGAGAAAGAUUCUGCAGUGGAACGUGUGGCUGAUGCUGUCACUGAGGUCCCUCCAGAGGAGGUGGCCCUGCCUCCAGCUCCAGAAGAGAGGAUUAUGGAUCUGGUUUUAGGAAAGAUGCCCAGCACCACAAACAGCAUCAGUUCAGUGACAAAUAGGUUUGCUCAUCACCAAAACACCAUGUCCCUCAAAAGAAGUUUAAUUCUCUCCAGUAGACACGGGAUUCGGCGGAAGCUCAUAAAGCAGCUGGGGGAGCACAAGAGGGUCUAUCAGUGCAGCAUCUGCAGUAAGAUCUUCCAGAACAGCAGCAACCUCAGCAGGCACAUCCGUUCUCACGGUGACAAACUGUUUAAAUGUGAGGAAUGUGCAAAGCUGUUCAGCAGGAAGGAGAGCUUGAAGCAGCACGUUUCAUACAAGCACAGCAGGAAUGAAGUGGACAGUGAGUACAGAUACAAGUGCACCACGUGUGAAAAGGCCUUUCGGAUAGAGAGUGCAUUGGAAUUCCACAACUGCAGGACAGAUGACAAGACAUUCCAGUGUGAGAUGUGUUUCAGAUUCUUCUCUACAAACAGCAACCUUUCAAAACACAAGAAAAAGCACGGAGAUAAGAAGUUUGCAUGUGAGAUCUGCAAUAAGAUGUUUUACAGGAAGGAUGUCAUGCUGGACCAUCAAAGGCGGCACUUGGAAGGGGUGAGGCGUGUGAAGAGAGAAGACUUUGAGCACAGCACGGAGAACAUGGUUCGCUACAAGAAGGAGCCCUCGGGGUGCCCCGUGUGUGGGAAGGUGUUUUCAUGUAGGAGCAAUAUGAACAAACACCUUCUAACACAUGGAGACAAGAAAUACACGUGUGAGAUCUGUGGACGGAAAUUUUUCAGGGUGGAUGUGUUGAGAGAUCAUAUUCAUGUCCAUUUUAAGGACAUAGCCCUAAUGGAUGAUCACCAGAGGGAAGAGUUCAUUGGUAAAAUUGGAAUCUCAUCAGAGGAAAACGACGACAACUCUGAUGAAAGUGCAGAUUCAGAGCCUCACAAGUAUAGCUGCAAAAGGUGCCAGCUGACCUUUGGCAGAGGGAAGGAGUACCUGAAGCACAUCAUGGACGUGCACAAGGAGAAGGGUUACGGCUGCAGCAUCUGCAACCGGCGCUUCGCCUUGAAGGCCACGUACCACGCGCACAUGGUCAUCCACAGGGAGAACCUGCCCGACCCCAACGUGCAGAAAUACAUCCAUCCAUGUGAAAUCUGUGGGAGGAUUUUUAACAGUAUAGGAAAUCUGGAAAGACAUAAGCUUAUACAUACAGGUGUAAAAAGUCAUGCUUGUGAGCAAUGUGGCAAAUCAUUUGCUAGAAAAGACAUGUUAAAAGAACAUAUGCGAGUCCAUGAUAAUAUCCGAGAAUACUUGUGUGCAGAGUGUGGCAAAGGAAUGAAGACAAAACAUGCCCUUCGUCACCACAUGAAGCUUCACAAAGGGAUCAAGGAAUAUGAGUGCAAGGAAUGUCACCGAAAAUUUGCACAGAAAGUCAACAUGCUGAAGCACUACAAGAGACACACAGGAAUCAAAGAUUUCAUGUGUGAGCUCUGUGGCAAGACAUUCAGUGAGAGAAAUACAAUGGAGACUCACAAGCUGAUUCAUACAGUAGGAAAACAGUGGACGUGUUCAGUGUGUGAUAAGAAGUAUGUCACUGAUUACAUGCUGCAGAAGCACAUCCAGCUCACCCAUGACAAGGUGGAAGCCCAGAGCUGUCAGCUGUGUGGGACAAAGGUUUCUACCAGGGCGUCCAUGAGUCGACACAUGAGGCGUAAACACCCAGAGAUUCUUUCAGUCAGGAUUGAUGAUUUAGAGCCACUGCCAGAGACCACGACCAUUGAUGCCUCUUCAAUUGGGAUUGUUCAGCCGGAAUUAGCCUUGGAACAGAGUGAGCUACCAGAAGGGAAGCAGCACAUAAAAGCUCCUAAACGUGGCCAGAAACAAAAACAAAAAUCAGGUGAGGAGGAGGAAGCUCAAGUGCCUGAGGACCCUGCCUUCAGUGAAUACACAGAGAAGGAAGGUGAAUUCACAGGGAAUGUUGGAGAUGAGACUAAUUCAGCUGUACAGAGCAUCCAACAGGUGGUGGUGACCCUCAGCGACCCAAACGUCACAGCCCCCUCCAGCUCCGUGGGGCUCACCAACAUCACCGUGACCCCCAUCACCACGGCAGCUGGCACCCAGUUCACCAACCUGCAGCCCGUGGCCGUGAGCCACCUGAGCACCCCUGAGCGGCAGCUGCAGCUGGACAACUCCAUCCUGACGGUCACCUUCGACACGGUCAGCGGCUCGGCCAUGCUGCACAACCGCCAGACUGACAUUGCGCUCCCGCCGCAGCCCGAGGCGCCCAACCCCCAGUCCGUGGCUCAUUUCAUAAACCUGACCACCCUGGUGAACUCCAUUGCUCCCCUGGGCAACCAGAUCCCAGAUCAGCACCCCCUGAGCUGGAGGUCAGUGCCUCAGACUGAUGUGCUGCAGCCCCCGGCGCCGCAGCAGCCGCAGCAGCCGGGCCAGCAGCCGGUGCAGACAGAGCAGCAGCAGCAGCAGAUGUACAGCUACUAA